GAGAAUAUACUCACACCCCUAUGAGAGAGAGGAAGUUCAUAGUCUUCGAAUCGUGUCUUCAGUCCCUCCUAGCCUUGUGUUUUUUAUGUGGGAAUGCCUGCAAAAUAAUAUCUACAAAGGUAUCGGGCACCAUGGUGACCUUGACAUCACAGUGUAGUGUUGACCCCUCUCAUGUGAAGACCUGGAAAAGUCAGCCAUCACAUGGCACCAUGCCACUUGGCAACUUACAGCUAGCCGCUUCCAUAAUGUUUAGUGGAUGUAGUACUGUGAAGGCAGUCAAUUGUUUUAAAUUUAUGAGGAUUUCAACAUUCUGCGUCAGUACUUAUUAUAACAUACAGAAGGCAUACCUUAUUCCAGCUGUGAAUAGUCUCUGGUCCAAAAAGCAAGAGCUGCUCAUCUGUGAUGUCAAAAAAAAGAGCAAAGUCAGAUUAGGUGGAGAUGCCAGAUGCUGCUCACCAGGGCACACUGCCAAGUACGGUAGCUACUCCCUUAUGGACAUGGACACCUCCAAAGUGUUGGACAUGCAGCUUGUACAGUGUACAGAAGUGAAAAACUCAUACGCAAUGGAGUUGGAAGGCCUAAAGAGGUCACUUCAAUUCCUAGAAGAUGCUGGAGUCACUGUUACUGACUUGACAACAGACCGUCAUUCCAGUGUUAAAAAGUUUAUGCGCGAGAUUUAUCCAUCAAUUAAUCACUGGUUUGAUGCCUGGCAUAUAGCAAAAGGUAUUACAAAAAAGCUUGACGCAUCAUCAAAGAAAAAGUUAUGUCACACCAUCUCACCGUGGAUCCACAGCAUCUCCAACCAUGUAUAUUGGUGUGGGGCAAGCAGUGAUGGAAAUGCUGAGCUGGUUGUGGCCAAGUGGAAGUCGGUGAUGAACCACAUUGUAGACAUCCACGAACACCCAUUUGAGAACUUUCCAACCUGUGCACAUGAUGAGUUGGUAGAGGACAGAGAGUGGAUUGCAGAAGGUGAAAAAUUAUUUUCAGCUUUCUCAAAAGUCAAUCUCCUAAGGGCUUUUCAUAAUACUUCCUUCACAAUCACUGCAGGUUCAAGGGCCCAUGUUGAGGUGAAAUCAAUUGUCACUAACCGUACUCUGCUUGCCGACAUUGGUAAAUUGUCACCUCAUGUGCAGACGUCAAGUGUUGAAAGCUACCACAAGGUGGUGUGCUUCUUUGCACCAAAGUUCUUGCACUUCUUCUACCACAGUAUGAAUGCCAGAUUGAUGCUUGCCAUUCUCCAUUUCAAUGAGAAUUCCAACAGACAGCAGGCUAAGAACAAAGCUGGAAAAGAAAUGUGGCAGCUCUCAUUUCCAAAGGCAAAAAAAGGAGAACCAGUAGCCAAACAAGUUAAAGUCCCUUGUACUUAUGGUGUGUACUUGGUAUAAUGUUCAAUUUCACACUUGGCUUUUCAACUUU